CAAAAGAGCUCCUGGCAGAGAGACAGAGACCGAAGAGGAGGGUGCUUGUUUUCCCCACUCUCCUCUGCCUCUGGUUUUAAAAUGUGAAACAGCUCUUUGAAGAGAAAGAGAGGGGAGGGCAGUCAUGUACUUCCACUCUGCUUCAACGAUAAGGAGUAUUUAGUGAGCUGAGGCUAACCUAAAUACCAACGCAACACAGAACUGCAGCUAGAGGUACAGCUGAGGACCUGACACAACACAGGCAUGAACGACAUCAAGCUGGCCCUACUGGGAAGUCAGGGGGCUGGGAAAUCAGCUGUCCUCGUGCGCUUCCUGACCAGACGCUUCAUUGGUGAAUAUGCCUCAAAUACCAACUCUUUGUACCACAAAAGACUGUCGAUCGAUGGCAGGCAGCUGAAUUUGGAGGUUUUUGACCCCUGCUCUCAGGGCUCGGAGGCCAGGUGUAUACUUGAAGAGCCGGUGGACUGGGCAGAUGGCUUUGUGGUGGUGUACAACAUCAGCGACCGCACUUCCUUCAUCAAUGCCAAAAACAUCCUGCGGCAGAUUCGGGAGACACGCAUGGAGAACUGCAAAGGGGAGAUGGAUGUUCCUGUUUGCCUGGUUGGCAACAAGCAGGACCUCUGCCAUGCUCGGCAGGUGCGUGAGGAUGAAGGCCGUGGUCUGGCGCAGGAAAACCGCUGUAAUUUCCAGGAGGUCUCGGCAGCCGAGAGCUACCAAGACAUUGCCAACCUCUUCACACAGCUCAUCCGGCGGGUGAUGGAGCACCUGAAGUAUCGCGCUGACAGACGACGCUACAGCGGCUCAAAGUCUAUGGCCAAACUCAUCAACAAUGUUUUUGGCAAGAGGAGGAAGUCCGUAUGAUGAUCCCAGUACAGUUAGCAGCUAAUCGGAGACUGAGAUGUCCCUGCUGUACGUGGCCCUUAAGGGGAUACAUCCUUAAUGUGUUGGGUUUGAUCUGUGAUGUGUUGGUCUAUACACUCAGCAGAAAACUGUUGAGUGUAUAGACAAUGAUACAAACAGUGAGCCUCUUUAUAUCAUGAGCAACAUGAAUGGUUGGUGGAAAGAUUCAGACGGCCAUAGUUACUAAAUUUACAGGCAAAUAUAUAUUUUGGCAAAGUUUUGUUUUUCCUUUGGUUAUUUUGACUUUGCCUUGGAUAUGUUUCUCUGAUGAAAGGGCCAAAUACAGUGAGGCAAUAAAAAAAAA